AUGGAGCAAUCAAUAUCAUCCACCACUUCCCUCUCCUCAGACCAGGUCCCUACAAUGGAUCUUGAAUCAGCUCCGGCUGUGGCUACAGUAGCUCAACCGGCGAAUGCUCUUGGGCCUGACAACGAAAAAGAGCUAGAAAGCAAAGACACAGAGUCAGACGUUGGCGCAUGGCUCUGCGUGUUUGCAUCUCUCCUGUUCCUGACCUCAUCAUAUGGAUUUAUGAACUCUCUCGGAACAAUUCAAUCAUAUCUUACCCACAACGAGCUGAGCGACUACACCGUUAGCCAAGUCGGAUGGAUCUCAGGAAUCUAUCUCUUCCUCUCCCUAAUCUUCAACUUCCAAAUCGGCGCUAUACUAGACCGCUACGGACCGCAAAUUCUCAGUCCAAUCGCAGCAGCCUUUUCGACUGUGACCUUCCUACUUCUAGCUGAGUGUAAAGAGUACUGGCAUUUCAUUCUCUGCCUCGGCCUUUUUGGCAGCAUUGGAAGCAGCAUUGGUGCCGUUACCGCUAUCGGUGUGGUAGGCAAGCUCUUCACACGACGUCGUGGCCUGGCCAUGGGUCUUGCUGUGAUGGGUACAUCCCUUGGCGGUAUUAUAUACCCUAUGAUGCUGCGAGCUACCUUUGGCAAAUUAGGCUGGGCAUGGUCUAUGCGGCUCGUCGCCUUGGUCAUUGCCUGCCUCACAUCACUUGGCGUGUUGUGUUUCCUCCCAUUCCGCCGACUCACCGAAGGGAGACGCGAUGUCCAACAGCCACAGGGUUUGAGUCUGGACCUAUCCGCCUUCAAGUCCUUGAAGUUUGUUAUCACCGCCUUUGGUAUCUGCAUGGUAGAGUUCGUCAACUAUGGUAUCAGCGGCCUCUUACCAACGAUCGCGACAGGAGCAGGAUUUUCUGUCGAGGACGGAUACACCCUAUUAUCUAUCCUCGGCGCCUGUUCAUGUCUUGGACGCUUUUCGAUUGGAUUUGUCGGUGAUAAAGUCGGACCUUUCAAUGCUGUGGUCAGUACCAUGCUGGUCAUUGUCAUCCUCCUCUCGACUGUCUUCAUCCCAUUCAGUACAACGUCAGCCCCUCUCAUGUAUGUUUUUACUGCACUUUGGGGGUACUGCUCUGGCUCUUUCUACGUGCUUUCGCCCUUAUGUACAGGGAAGACCUGUAAGCCCAACGAUUAUGCAAGAUAUUUCGGCUCUACCAAUAUGUGCGUUGCUGUUGCACUGCUUCUGGCCAACCCAUUGAGUGGGAUAUUGUUGGAGAAGUUGGGUGCUCAACUGUUAGGGUGCUUCUAUCUCGCCAUUAUCAUAUUGGCGGGCAUUUCGCUCGGCAUAGCUCGAGGACUUUUGCUUAAAAAGUGGUUCGUUCUUCGAGAGAAGAUGUGA